AAUACAAUACAAUUCUAUAAAACUUUAACACUAUGUACUUGUUUAUUAGAAAAAAACCACGCCUUAGUCUUUACACAAUUACCCAUUUUGUGAAGGUUAUAGCAACUACAACUUCUUUUAUACAAACAAAUGUAAUUACUGCGAAACAGUUCACAAAAUAUGGCUUAAUAUUCACAAUACAUAUUUUAGUGAUUUUUACAUGACUUUGACAUUGAUUUAUUUUACACAAAAUUACUUUUAUUAACUAUUGUAAACUAACAUUGUUAUUAUCCAGCCUAAUAAUAGAUGGCGCCAACAACAUCAUUGCAUAACAAUUACAAUACUUAAUUAAAUUAUUACUGUUAAUUAUAAUAUAAAAUAUUAUUAAUAUUUAUGCUUUAUUAUUAUUUAAUUAUUUAUAUAGUAAUUUCUGUUUUUAAACAAUAAUAUAAACAUUAAACAUAAUCUGAACAUUGUCACAUCAAAACAGCGUCUGGUAAUUAUUAAAUAUGGUAGAAUAACAGUUUCAUCUUGCUAAUAAUAAAUAAACAAUAACGUAGAAUAAACUAAUUAUUGCCAAUAGUGGCGUUUGCGCCCAUAUGUACAUAAAUAAUAUAUGUGUAUACAUUUUAUGUGUAUUUAAUUACUCAUCUAAAUGUAACGGGCACUAAGACACAGAACACUAUUACUUCUAGCGAAGCACUAAGAUACGCUUGGUUAAGCUUAACUCCAGAUAAACUGUGAGGCCAUCUGCACAUCUAUGUUAGGAAAAUUAAAUAAAAUCAUUUAGAAUUCUGACUCCUGUGUUAAUGUUAGAUUAUCCUCGGACUCUCUCUGUUCUAACCAGAUGCUAAAACAAUACUAUUAUCAUUCGAUUGCGAUAAUAAAUUAUCAUAUUAGGCAGGUACACAUAUAAUAAUAUGUGUAAAAUUCGAUAAGCCGUUACUGAUAAGACUUUUUUAAUUUGGUUAAUGUUUUUCGUUUUUUAUUUGGAGUAGGUACCUAAUAGAUAAAACUAAAAAAGUCCGAUUAUAUCUAGUGUUAUCUUAUGUGGAUUAGUCGUCGAGUGCCUAAUCAGUUGUCCUUAGGAUAAAUAAUUUCGAAUUUAUGAUUGAGAGUAUCAGCUGAUGGAUAAAAAUAAAAAUAAAAAACAUAAUCUUCCUUGGUACCUGAAAUUGCCAUUAAUAUCUGCUAAUAUUCAGCUAAAUAAAGCAUUUGGGAUGCACAAUGAAGGUCAAUUUAAUAACCUAAAAAGAAAACAAAAUCUUCAUAAAGUUGAAGAAUUUAGAAGCUAAAUAAUUUAUUAUUUUCCUUGCUUCCUUUUAUCUUGUGCGAGCGAGAUGAGACUAUGCUCUGUUCCAUUCGCACUAGCACUGUUGUUCGUAUAGCUGUGCUCUUCCCUCGCAUUUAUUUUCUUGCAUCAGGCAACGACUACCCCGCCUUCGCGCCUCGCCCAAAUAUGCUCGUUUCCAUUGUCUGUGUACAUUUUUUUUACUUAAUUUUUUUUUACUCAUUUUUUCAUAAUGUAAAUUAGACUUUUUAAUUACAGUUUAACAUUUCUUAAUUUUAACUGACAACGUUUUAAAAACUUUAUAUAAUUCAAUGCUUAGAAUGAAAAUUAAUAUUUAAAUUGGAAAUAAAACCAACCAUCUUCCUUUAAUUUACCUUACACCUGUAGUGUAGUGCUGUCUUAGACAGAUUCACAACUCAUAUGUAACAAACUAAAUUACAGUAAAUUCGACAUCACACUCAUAUACAUUACGAGUUAAGCAUCGCUUUUUGUUACAUUUUGAUUUGGCGUGUCAAUAAUCAAGAUAAAUCCGCGAAUUUUUGUUUAGAUAGUUUACCAAAAUAUUAGUAUUCAGGGGUGGCAUUGAAGUAGUGAAUUUUAUUGGCUCCAGUAACCAUUCAACCACAGAUGAACCGUACGCUUGUUAAUUUGCAUAGAACACUGUAACAUGUGUUAGUAGUCUAAAGUAAAAAAAAACUGCUAACAAGAAAUCUAUAAUGUAAAAAAAAAGAACAAAUAAUUGUCAAUGAAUAAUUUUAAUUUUAUGUUCUAUAAAUGUUCAAAACGAUUUGCUAAUUUAAUGAUUAUCAUUAUAAGUCCUAAAUCGUUAAUUUAAUGAAAGCAUCUAAUUCUGCUCUCAAUGAAAAGGUUACGAUUCCCGAGUUGUAACUUAAUACAAUAAUUAACUGUACGAUAGUACUGAAUAUAGAUUCAUAGGAAUAAAUCCCAGCACAUAAAACGUAUUGUAUCAUUUUGAGUAACGAGUUUUACACUUUGCGGAACGAGGUUUAUUAAACAAGUUCGCUAACGUAAACGAUUUUACACAAGUAGUAAUUGUAGCGCUGGGAUCGGUCCUAUUUUGAGUCGUCUGUUGUAUAAAAAUAUCGAUCUACAACUGGAAUUCGCAAAGAUUGCGCGUUCAAAAGAUACAUUCAUAAAUGAUAUUAAUUCUAAAAAAUACAAAGCGAUACCGCUUUAUCGGUGUAAUGGAAAUAGACUUGUCGAUUCUCGGUAAUCGCACAAAGUCGUAAACAGCCCGAUGCGGCCUCGCACUAUGCUACGAGCCUCACAGCCAAUCCCAUACCAGCGUUGUUUCGUAUCACGUCAUAUUAAACCAAUGAGCGAUAGCCGCCAUCACGCUAUUUCUAAAAAUAGCUUAUCUGAGUCACAGCAUAAAAGCAAUGGUUGUUUCUUAACAAUGUUUAGAAACAAGUGGAACGCCACGGAAGGAGGACGUGUGUUAAUCGUAGGAAAAAGUUAUAAAGUUCGCGUAGUGAGUUCAGUGAUACCGAAGCGUUCGGUGCAAACACAUGGUUCGGAAUUCCGGCCACAGCAUGGAGACCACCUUCUAUGACGAGCAAUAUCCUCUCAGCGGCCCUGUGGAAAACCUUAAAAGGCCCCUAACCUUGGAUGUUGGGCGGGGUGGGAAACGUUCACGAAUCGCUGCACCCGUUCUCUCCUCGCCAGAUUUACAAAUGUUGAAGCUCGGAUCUCCUGAGUUGGAAAAAUUGAUCAUUCAAAACGGUAUGGUGACAACCGCUACCCCUACUCCGGGAGCGCCUGUCUUAUUUCCCGCAGUAGCACCUACGGAGGAACAAGAAAUGUACGCGCGACCUUUCGUCGAAGCGCUAGACAAGCUGCACCACGGCGAGGCAGUGACGCCGCUCGGACGUCGAGUAUAUGCCGAUUUGGACAGGCCGCUAGAGCGAUACCCCACUCCCAUCGUGAAGGAUGAGCCCCAGACGGUGCCGAGCGCGGCCAGCACGCCGCCGCUAUCACCCAUCGACAUGGACACUCAGGAAAAGAUCAAACUGGAGAGAAAGAGACAGAGGAAUCGGGUAGCCGCUUCCAAAUGUAGACGACGUAAGCUGGAACGUAUUUCAAAGCUGGAAGAGAAAGUGAAAAUUCUUAAAGGUGAAAAUGCUGAACUAGCACAGAUGGUGGUGAAACUAAGGGACCACGUGCACAGGCUAAAGGAGCAGGUCCUAGAGCAUGCGAAUGGUGGCUGCCACAUCGAGUCGCACUUCUGAUCGCGUCGCCAUCGCCGCUCCUCCACAUUCCAUGCUAGUCGCGCCCGCUAGGACGCAGCAUACAAAGCGAUUUGUGAUCUUAAUUUUACUGUGUAAUAUAUAGUUAAUGAACCCUAGUGUGUAAGGUGUUAAAGUCGCUACGUUAAAGAAUGCUGUGGAUUUCUGGUUAAGUUUGAGAGAUUAGGUUUGCCAGUGGUGUUAUGCAGAGAACCGUCGAUUGCGGACACUAUUGUAAUUAUUGUUGUAUGAGAAUAGUUAUGUCGGUGAUAUUGCAAAUAUUUAAAAGGAAGGAUGUACUUAGCGCAAGUCACAACUUGGAAAGCCUUAGCUUCUGUCGUAAGUUGCAAGAUUCGUUUUCAUCGUAUCAGUAUUGAGUUGUCUCAUUUUACUUAGAAUAGUGUAGAAACUAGAAAGGAUAAUCUUGCGACGUCAUUUACAGACUAAACGAGGUUGAUGCGACGUUGCCAGUUUUACGUUUAUUUCCCCGUUUCAACGAUAUUGCUGUUCUCCUUUGUUGCAUUUGUUUUGCUAUUGUCUAUUGUGUAGCCAUUUUUAUAAAUAGACUUAAUUUUAAUAAUAAAAUCUCAUUUUGGCUGUAAUUUGUACAUUAGACAAAGAACACUGUGACAGGCAUCGACAGGACCAAAAUUUAAUACGAGUAAAGGAGAUAGCAUGGCGUAAAACUGGCACCGGCGCAUCCAGCGAAGUCACGAGCGGAUGUUCUGCUAAUUAAAAUUCCGCCUGUGCCGCCCUCGCGGAAUGGCGGCCAUGUGUUCAACAAUCGGACGUUCCGAAUCACGUUUUGUUGCACAAGGUUAGCUUUUUACCGCUGCAGUAGUGCAGUAUCUUAGGCACUGGCGCGAAAUGGAACGUUGUCGAUCGUCACGCUUGAAUUGUUUGAAGACAAAUUGCGCGCUUGUGUGCGAGACUGAUUGAAUGUGUGCCUUGCUUGUAGUACGUACGAGAGAGCGCAAUGUAUUUUUUUCUGAUAGGAAAGAUGAUUUCACGGAACUGAACCGGUGCUGUAUUGUAGAGGACGUGACUUGUAAUCUAAAGCCGUCCGUAUAAAAACUUAUUUUGUGAGAGUUUUCGUAUUGUGUGAUGUAUGUAUGCAACAGAGAUUAGACAGAGCGAAUGUGUGAUGUAAGUAUUUAUUGGUAAGAAUGAGAAUGUUUUAAUGAAUUAGGAUGAAGUAGCAAUCUCGAGUGCCUACGCUUUGUAAACUAAAGCUAUACCUACAUAUGUUUAUUGUUUUUGUUACCAUUGUGUGCUACAAGAAAUUGUACUGUACCAUUGUCUUGUGUAAGUAAUUUAAGUAAUUAUAAAAGCAAUUAAAAACGUUGGAUUGUUAUAGUUUAUAGUGCAGGAUGAGGUGCGUCUCUGAGUUUGUUCAGAGUUGCAUCUCCUCUUCCUAUUUGUAUUAUUUUUAUACAAACAAAUUCUUCAGAAUGUUAACAAUAAUUUGUAAGUUUAUAAAAAAUAAAGAAACAGUUAUACUAAAAUAUAUUAUAUUUCUAUGAAUUUAACGUAACAAUAUUGUUUAUAAAACGCAUUACGUGUAUUGUAUAAAAAAAAACAAUGAAAGAAAAAUAAAUUAUGAGGAUUAUUAUACCAUUUAAAA